AGUGAAUAAUUGAGAAAAGACGUUAUACCUUCCCCAUCCAUAUACAUUAUUUCUUUUUGCUCAACUGCAUAACAUCACCAAAUUCGACCCGAUCAAGUUUUGAUUCGUGUCUAUACAGAGGAAAGUGUCUGAAUUGUUCUCUGUCUCGGAUUGUUUUCUUUCUAAACAAAAAAGAUUUUUCUUGUUGAGAUCGAAAACUCUGUUCAAGCAGAUUUUGAGUUCUUGAUUUUGAUUCAAGAUGGGGAGGCUGUUUGUUGUGAAUCUUGAAGGGAAGAUCUAUAGCUGCAAACACUGUAAGACCCAUCUUGCUACAUAUGAAGACAUUAUCUCCAAGUCUUUUCACUGCAAGCAUGGCAAAGCUUAUCUCUUCAAUAAGGUUGCCAAUGUUUCAAUUGGAGAGACUGAAGAAAGACUGAUGAUGACUGGUAAACAUACUGUGGCUGACAUUUUCUGUGUCUCUUGUGGAUCAAUCGUUGGCUGGAGAUAUGAGACUGCUCAUGAGAAGAAUCAGAAGUACAAAGAAGGGAAAUCUGUUCUUGAAAGGUUUAAGAUAUCAGGUCCUGAUGGGAGCAACUAUUGGGUGAGUAGCCAUGGAAGGCAUAUUGGUGGAAGUGAUGCAGAUGAUGCUUGAACCAUCUCCCUCUCUCUAUAUCCUCUGAUUUGACAUUUUCUGUAACUGUAAAUUCUUCAACCUCCAAUUCCAAAAUUGUUGUAAUAAGACUAACCAAAACUCCUUCUCUUGCAUUGUUUACCUCUCUCAGUAAAUAAAAUCUGAUCCUGUGUUAAGAUUA